UUUGUUAGUUUCCUAGAUUCUCUAGUUUUCCANAUUCUCGUAGGAUUUCUACUUCUCCAGAUUUUCAGAUUUCUAGUUUUAAGUUUCCUAUUUUAUUUGGGUUAGGAUUUCUAUUUANGCAAUGGAUUUUUAUCCUAUUAUGUCUAGGUUUUAGUUUUGCUAUAAAUAACCCCAUUGUAGUUCUUUAAAAUUCAGAUUUGGAUAUUGAAUAAACNUUCUCUUAAAACUACGUGAUUUCUGUCCUUCCUUCUCAAUUCUCUGAUUUCGGUCCUUUCUUUCGUCCCUUCGAUCUAUAUUUUCAUCUCCUCGACCUCUGAUAUUCUUCUUCUUCUACUGUUCUGCCCUUUCUUUAAUCUUUUCGAUCCAUAUUUUCGUUUCCCCGAUCUCUUAUAUUCUUCUAUGUUCUGUAGUUUGAGUGCUUAAUCUAAUACCUACGAGCUGUACUACACAAUCGGACACCCAUAAACAGACAAUCCUGUUAUAUUAAUAUUCCCCAAAAGAAAAAGAGAGCCCUCAUAAUUAGUACUUGCCCAAUAAAUUAACACACUUCUAGACAAUCCUUGUUUUUCUUUUUAAGUGUUCUAAAACGUGGGUUGAGCUAAAAAAUAAUGCAACUUGUUUGUGCUCGCAGCCCCAUUUGAAGUCAAAGGUCCCUUCAACAGAUAGAUAGAAAUUAAGGCGUCCCUCCAACCAUAAAAUUCCAGUAACAAAUUAGAUCUCCCAUCUUCAUUCUUUUAUCAGUUAGCAAACCAGCAAGGAAAGUUAUGGCUUUUGGAAAAGAGGACCUUGAUUUGGUGUUGGUCCCAACUGGAUUGCUGAUCAUGUUUGUCUAUCACAUCUUCCUUCUUUACAGAUAUCUUCAUCUCCCUCACACCACAGUCAUUGGCUUUGAGAACAAUGACAAAAGAGCUUGGGUUGAAAGAAUUAUGCAGGUUGAUAAAAGAGACAUCGGCACAGCCCUCAAUGUGAUUUCAUCCAACAUAUCAGCAGCAACUUUUUUGUGUUCCAUCUCCUUAACUCUCAGUUCUCUCAUUGGAGCUUGGCUUGGAAGUAGUUCCAGCAAUGAAGUCUUUACGAGCGAAUUAAUCUACGGCAACGUCAGCCCCUCAAUCCUUACCAUCAAGUACAUAACCCUCUUAACUUGUUUUCUUCUGGCCUUUGCAUGCUUUGUUCAAUCAGCAAGGCACUUUGUUCAUGCAAACUAUCUGAUAAGCACACCAGACAGUAAUAUUCCGGCUUGGUACGUGGAGCUGGCAGUUAUAAGAGGAGGUGAUUUCUGGUCACUUGGGCUUAGAGCACUCUAUUUUGCUCUGACUCUGCUUCUGUGGUUUUUUGGUCCAAUACCAAUGUUUCUGUCCUCCAUCGUUUUGGUCAUACUCCUCCAUUACAUGGACAAAAACACCAGACCUUUGCAUGACCACCAGCUUCCGGGAAGGCAGCUGGUUAAAAAUGUUGGUCAGAGAAUCACAGAGGUGGCUGUUAACAUUCAUCAGCACACAGAAACAGUUGAAACUGCUGUCUAAUUAUUAAUUUGUUGGAUUGGAAGCACCAAAUUUUUUAUAUGUAAAAUUGUAAAUGGAAUUACGUAUGCAUUUAAUUUGGAGUUGUUGGAUGGUAGGUAGAGCAGAGAAAUGUAAUUUGAUUGAGAAAACGAAUGUAAUAAGAGUUUCAAAAGCUAUAAAUUAGAAGAUUAACUUCAUUUUUUUCAGUCUA